UGUGUGAUUUGAGUGAUGGAUUCAAAGCCGAAUCCGCGCGAUGACUGGGAGGGUUCGAGCCGUCGUGCACAUGCGCAGUACGAGGCAUGUUUAGCUCACAUUCUCGGCAGUGUUGAUACGCCGAGUGACCUCAGGAACUCAACUGCAAAGAUAAGGUUUGGACAAAUCAAACCUUAUCCAGCUAUGAAGACAUCACAAAUCUGCAGGCUUGCUUCUCUUCACACCUGCCUACAAGUUUCCAGCAUGUACCAGAUUGUCCCAGGAGCUCCUGGAGAGCUGCAGGUGACCGAUGGAGCUCAUGGCUCCCCGCGUAGAAAGAAACUUGGACACGAGGGCCGGCCAAUGGUGUUGGCGGGUGUGUUUGGCUGUUUGUUGGUUCUGGCUGCUGUGGUCGCCUGGUGCUUCUAUUCGGUAUCUCUACGGAAAGCCCAGCUGCUGAAGACUGAGUCGCUGGACCUGAAAAAAGAUGGCUUCAUCAUACGGAACCACUCCGGGGACAUCAUCUUCACCAUGACUUUCAGGUCUGGCACUUUGGAUCUCGACUCCUGCACAAAGGAGGGACAUAUUCUGAGAUGUACUCGGUCAGACUCUGGGAAGCUGAACUUUUUCAUCCAGACAGUCCAAGAAAAGGACACCGUUAUGUGUUAUCGCAUUCGCUGGGAGGAGCUGCAGAAUGUUUACUCGGUGGAACAUGCCAUGGCCCACAAUGACUCUCACUGGUACGGAGGGGCGGAGACAGCAACACAGUACUGGCCUAUCAGAAUCCAAGGGGAAGAAGAACCGCGGCCUUUCAUCACCAGUGACGUCUACGCCAAUAGAAAUGCGUUUGGGGGAAUCCUCGAGCGUUACUGGGUGUCUUCCAAUGCAACUGCGAUCAAGAUUAAUGACUCUGUCCCGUUUCAUUUGGGCUGGUCACAGAAGAACAGGACCUUCAGAUUUGAGGCACGAUACCAGGGUUCUCCUUUUAGACCACCGGCAGGACAGCAGGCCUUCCCUGAGCUCAGCUACAGAGUCUGUGUGGGGCUGGAUGUUACCUCCAUUCACAAAUACAUGGUGCGGCGAUACUUUCCAAAGCCAGUCAAGGUCCCAUCCCCUGAGGUGUUCAAAAAGCCGGUGUGGUCUACAUGGGCGCUCCAUAAGACGGCUGUAACUCAGGAGAAGUUGCUGAAAUACGCGGCCGACAUCACCAAACAUGGCUUUACGUGCUCCCACCUGGAGCUGGACGACCGCUACACUACUGACUAUGGAGAGUUUGACUUUGACCCCCAGAAGUUCCCCAAUGCUAGCGGCAUGUUUAAAAAACUCCUAAAGGACGGGUUUCAAGUGUCACUGUGGACACAUCCCUUUAUCAACUAUGACUCCAUUAAUUUUGGAGUCGCUGUGGAGAAAGGGCUGUUUGUCCGGGAGCCGAGCGGAGAGCUACCUGCCCUCGUGCGCUGGUGGAACGGAAUCGGAGGCAUCUUGGACUUUACCAACCCAGAAGCCAGUAAGUGGUUCCUGGCGCAGUUAAAUACGCUCAAAAGCCGCUACAAUGUGACGUCGUUCAAGUUUGACGCGGGAGAAACGAGCUACCUCCCUCGGCAGUUUAGCACCCUGGUCCCUCUGUCCGACCCCUCCACCUUCACCCGGCGCUACACGGAGAUGGCCAUACCUUUCAGUUCACGCGCUGAGCUCCGUGUGGGCUACCAGAGUCAGAACAUCUCCUGUUUCUUUAGGAUCAUCGACAGAGAUUCAGUCUGGGGUUACGAGCUUGGCCUCAAGUCCAUCAUCCCCACUGUUCUGACUAUUAGCAUUCUGGGCUACCAGUUUGUCUUGCCAGAUAUGAUUGGAGGGAAUGCGUACCCCAACCACACUGCAGGUUGGAGGAAUGAAACAGAUGGUCUGCCAGACAGAGAGCUGUACAUCAGAUGGUUGGAGCUGUCUGCUUUUAUGCCUGCCAUGCAGUUUUCCAUACCGCCGUGGGCUUAUGACAAUGAGGUGGUUCAGAUUGCACGGACGUUCUCAGAGCUUCAUGAAAGUGAGGUGGCUCCAAGGGUUCUUGAGCUGGCAGGGGAGGUUGUAAGUACUGGAGACCCCAUCAUAAGGCCCCUGUGGUGGAUUGCCAAAGACGACGAGGCCGCCUUUAAGAUUGACUCCCAGUUUCUGAUUGGGGAUGAUCUGUUGGUGGCACCGGUACUGGAGCCAGGAAAGCAAGAGAGGGACAUCUACCUGCCAGCAGGCCACUGGAAAAGCAAAAGGGGAGAGUAUAAGGGUCCCAUGCACCUCACUGACUACCCUGUGGACCUGGAUGAGAUAGCUUACUUUAAAUGGGUUGAGAAAUAAAAUAAAAUAUAUACACAAGGUUGCACUGACAGACACACUGUAUGUAGGUUUAUCCUUAAGCGAGUAAGCCAAUAUAUGACAAAGAAUGUUGUUUUUCUAAUGGAGACGUUCUGAUUCUGCUGGACGUUGAGUCCAUGCCUCCUACAAGCUGUUCAUUUAAAUUUGUACCUAAAUAAAUAGGUUCAUUUUUAGUAGAGAUGCACCAAUCAGGUCUUUACUGGCCAGUACAGAUUUAUUUUUUUUAAUGGUCAGACCUGGUGAUUUAGUUUCUUUUAGACUAUAAAUCCUCAUCGGUGCCUCCCACAGCAUAUGGCAGAGCAGUAGAAAUGCCCACUUAAAAGACUUAGACUUAGACAACUUAAUUGUAAUUUUGUAUGUACAGAGUGCAUACAGAACGAAAUUUUGUUGGAUACUGCUUACGACAGUGUAAUAGGAUUUCAGGUGGAAAUAAAAUGUGCGACCAGUCAAACACUAUUAGUCGGAUGCCCCACAGGAAAACAAUUCUGCCAAGAAUAUGUCAAAAAGAAGAUGAAUAAUGCCCAAGUCAAACUGGGGCUGAAUAAAUGUAAUAAUGUAAUUCAUUAUUAUUAUUAUUUAUUUUUUGCAAACCCAGGAGAAAGGAAAACAUUAUCUGUUUUUUGUGUAGUAUGUAUGGGCCUUUGAUCUCAUUCCCCUGCUAUGCAGAUCCUGAAAGGAUUAUAAACUCACCUCGGCAUGCUGAAUGCUUGAAACUGAAACUAAUGGCAUGACCCUCUUUUAGAGUAAUGUGGCUAUAUUGUUGCUUUCAGCCACUCAUACAGCAUUAAAUUUCAUUCCCAGACUGUCAGCUGAUCCUGAGUUUUAGAAUGAAAUGAAAUAAAAUGAGACGGUGACAUGAUAGCAAAAAGCGACUCAGUAGAACACUGUGAAUUCCACAAUCUUGAUCCCAGUAAACACUCACUAUUCAAACCUGGAUUGGUUUUGAUUGAUUAGUUUUGAAGCAUUUAAUGAUUACUGUAAAAAAUCAGAUUUAUCAGGAUCUGAUUUGCGGGUCAAGCCAAUCAGCCAAUCAGUUGGCUGAUUCCUACCUCUGGCCUAUUGAUUGGUGCAUCUCUGAUUUUUAGUUUUCUUUACAUUUUUAUGCCAAUCCUCGUCCUCAUGUGCCUUCCACAAACAGUUAUGAAAAGAAUCCUUUAUUGUGCCAUACUAUAGCCUUCUUUUGUUGUGCCAAAAGCUAAUCCUCAAUGCCUCAGACCGCCUGCUUCAGAUGACAUGUAUUUAGGGUCAUGGAUGUGCAAACGUGUUGUUUUACUCUGUAUAUUACAGUGUAAACUACAAUACAGGGUAGCUUAACUGUGCCAUAAGAUAAAGAGAGGACCUGCUAGCUGCUAUUCUAGCUACAAUUAUGGACCCUGACUUGGGCAUUUGAAGCUUGUCUGAACUGCCCAGGCUAACACACAUAAACUUUUGUUAUUGAUUUCUGCACUUUAUUGAAAUUUCACUAGAUGGUAACUACUGAUUAAGGACAAUUCCUGUCAUUCUAUCAGUCUAUGUGUUAUUAUAAGCAAACUUCAAAUGUCCUACUGGUUGGCAAUCCCUGACCUGUUUAACUUCAAAAUUGCACCAGCUGAAUUUAUUGCUCAGGGUGCCAUUAAUCCUGGGAAUUUUUUAUUUAUUUACAGUAGCAGAGUUAUUAUAAACCAAUGUUCUCUACGAUGCCAUGUUUUAGUCUGUUCUCCACAUUUGCCUUGGGACUUUUGUUUUGCCUUUUUAUCUAAUCUGUGCUUUUGGAAAGAAGUAGCAAAGGCUUGAUACAGUGCUGUGCACAAUAAAAUGCUUGAACCUUUGCAGAUGCAUGAUCUUAUACACUCUUACAGUGAUUGGUAGCAUGAAACAAAAGCACAAAGAUAGUUUAAUUAUCUGGUGAUAUGUCAUGAGAUUGGUCACUAGUCUUUGUUUUGCUUUGUUGCAGAGCUGUAACCAGCUGACAAGAAGAAAUGGAAAGUUGGUCAGCUAAGACAGCAGAAUGUAAAAUAUUAUACACAAAAAGAUUUGCAUUAUUUAAAGGAUUUUUUUAAGGGAACGCUGUCAAAAUUAAGUUAUUUUGGACAUGUUUAUUGAAAUUAACCCAGGGAUGUGCAGUGAGACACUUCUGAUUUCACAAAACUUAAAGGUGCAUGAUUUCAUUCUGUUUUGAUUGCUGCACAACAACACUUGGUUUUUAAAGGAUGAGUGUCAAAGAAUAUGACAAAUCUGCAUUAUUAGUACAGUGCAUGCAUGUUUGAAGUGUAUCAGAGAACUGUCUAUUCCUCACAAUGAUUCUGUAUGGAUUUUUAAUAAUGUGGGUUUGAAUGAAUAUGAAUGCUUUUUUGACACUGUGCCAUAUUAAUAUUCAACUAUUUUUGAUGGGAUUAUGUGCAUAAAUGAAAGUCAUUUCACAAUCUUACACUUCCACUAGUGUUUGGCUGAUAAAUCUCCUGCAGCAGAGUAUCUUCUGAUUGUUAACUUUAUUUUAACUUAUUUAAUUGAAUGAAUUGCAUGAUAUGCCAAACCUGAUGACUUGUGAUCCCAGCACAAUCUGACAGUCAUGUUCCAUUUCCAUUUUGAGGAACGCUUCCUUUAUACUUAAAGGCAAUUUAUUUUUAGGCUUGAAGUCAUGUGAGAAGUUAAAAAAAAAACAUUCAGAAAUGAUUUUCCCACUGUUAUUAUUCUGUUGCAGUGUUAAAAUAUAUUAAGACACAUUUUAACCAUAUUGUAUUGGUUUUUAAUUGAUUUGUUUGAUUAAUAAAUGUAAUAAAUUUUAGCCAUUG